AAUCUUCCAACUGUCAUGUCAUGUCAUGUUAUUGUUGAUUUUUUGUCGGCGUGAAAAGUUGUUUACUUACUGAAAAUAAUGAGUGAAAACGUACAGGAAGAUAAAAUGUCUGCGCCGUUUACUAAACUGAAUGCCCCUAUCAGUAGAUUGGCGGUCGUAUGCCGCGGCUGUUUGGCAGAAUCGGGGGAAAUGAAGAAUAUGUAUGAAUGGGGCUUGUACGAAGAUUAUUUUACUAUUACUGCUAUUGAGACAUCUAGAAGAGCGGGCAUAUCCGAGCUCCUAUGUUCCACCUGUGAGGCUGCCAUGAUGACCUGCAAGCAGUUCCGGGAACGAUGCCAGCUGUCUGACAAGAUACUGAAGACUUCACUCAUAGCUAAGUCAAAGAAGAAAGUGCAGAAAUUCAGACGAAACCAAGUUACAUGCAUACUCCAUGAUCAGAAGUUAGCUGUCCUGAUCACUGCACCAAAGACUGACUCUCGGAUCAACCUGCCUUGUCCAUAUCAUUGCAAAGACUGCUUCUUCAAAAAAACAGACUUGCAAUCGCAUUUGAAAAAAAUGCACUGCGUAUCCGACUCCUUUGAGAUAGAGUUACAAUAUUACUGUCCGGAAGAAAACUGUGCUUACCAUAUAACUUCGGAUAAAAAUAAAUGGUUUUCAGGCAGAAAGUUUCUAAACCAACAUAUUAAUAAAGUUCACAAAACUAAGACUUUUCAUUGCAAUGAAUGUAAUCAAUGUUUUGCCACCGAAACUGAAUUUGUGAGACACUCAAAAAUCUGUAACUUUGUCUUCAUAUGUCAAAUUUGUGAUACAAAAUACAGUACGAAUGAAAAAUUAAUGGUACACUUGAAGAGAAAACAUCCAAAUGUACACCAGUUGUAUAAAAACGAGAAAGCGGAAAAGCGAAAAUUGGAGCGAACUAAAGAAGCGAAGAGAGCGAAAAAUCUACCUUCAGAAACCGAAAUGGCGACAGCUACAUUAAUAACGACCGAAAUAGACCCCAAAAGUAUAUUAGAAAAUUGGAAAUUUAAUGAAAAAAUACAGAAAAAUGAGCUGACCUUCUGCGAUAGUCCAAAAAAGUCUUCAGCUACUCAAAUACCUGAAGACAUUAAAAAUGAUGUGACCUUACCAUCUUGGCAGUCGAAUGAAACAAAGACAGAUGAGAUAUCAACUCAAGUAGCAUUUGAAGACCUUUUAUCUUUAAAAUCUCAGAACAGUGAAGAUGAAAUCUUUUUUUCAGAAGCCGUCUCUCUUUCUGACAUUCAAACUCAGACUUUUCCAGUAGAAUUCGGUCUCAGUCGCUCGAAUAAAGAGACUCAAUCUUGCAAGAAUUCUGAAACUCAGUCCCCCGAUUUGAGUAUCAAAGAAACUCAGACUUGUUCGUGCCACUAUGAUUCUCCUAGGCCGAAUUUUAGACUGUUUGAUAGCCUGUCUUCUAGCCCGGCUAGUAUAAAUCAUACUUCGACGGAAACUCAAACGGGUGACUCAAGGUUGGCUAUCAAAUCGGAUGUAUUACUAAGUUCGACUGAAACUCAAACUUGCUUUGAUGAAUUGAGCAGUGAUAGUAUAUAGUAUUUUAAAGGUAUAUCCCCCGGACUCGGAGACAUUUAAUGAUUACUUAAGUCACUCCUGAGUGAUAGAUUCUCAUAGAAAUUCUGCACUAAGGAACGGCUUAAGUAACCAUUAAAUGUCUCUGAGUGUGUCCAUAAGAGUAAUAAAUAUAUUCAAUUUGAGUAAGCAAAAUGGAGAGCAAAAAUUCUAUUGGUUGUUUAAAAACUUUUCAGCUCCGGUUUUGUUUAAACUUGCGAUAUAGUUGGUGACCGAUUUUUUGUAGGAGAAAAGAAGAACAGACUGGUAGCAAUAGUGCAAUGUACACGUCCUACGAAAAGUCGGUCUGAUGAUCUUAAUAAAAUGUCCUAAAAAAUUGGGGCAGUCUUCAUAAUUUUUAGGGUUCCGUACCCGAAGGGUAAAACGGGACCCUAUUGUUUUCGCUCCUCUCUCUGUCCGUCCUCCCGUCUGUCACCAGGCUGUAUCUCAGGAACCGUGAUAGUUAGAGAGCUGAAAUUUUCACAGAUGAUAUAUUUUUGUUGCUAUAACAACAAAUACUGAAAACUAGAAUUGAAUAAAUAUUUUGGGGGGCUCCCAUACUACAAACGUGAUUUUUUUGGCUCGUUUUAUAAAUAAUGGUACGGAACCCUUCGUUUACGAGUCCGGCUCGCACUUCUCUGGUUUUUUUUUGGUGACUUUGGUCCAAGUUCACUAACAACAUAAACGUCAGUUUUCUUAAAACGUCUGUUAACUAUUUUCACGUUCAAAAAAGUUGUUUUAAGAAAUAACAGUCGUUUAUGUUACGGUCGGUUAACUUAGGCCUUAGGGUCCGUUCAGACAGACCGGCUCAGAGAGGAGAGCAAAUUCUUAACACGUUGAAAAUGGAGUACUUAGUAUUUGAAGUAAGGUUUAUUUUUGCAUGCGCACUGCUUUUGUCAUUAAGAAUGCUCGAAGGCGCUCCGUGUGAAAUAUUAAGAGGAGCCGACCGGCUUCGAUCGCGUAUUUUUUCUUGACGUUUGGCUACUAUUGCAUGCUCUUUGAUGCUCGCGCAGCCGAUCGACUCCGGUCUGUGUGAAAAGAAAAAUGCGCGCCGAUGCUCUCCGAGCCGGUCUGUUUGAACGGACUCUUAGUUUUUGAGUUUAAAAAAAGACAAGUAUACUAUUAUAUCCUCCACAGUCGCACAAACACUUUUAAGUCUAAAUAUCCUAAGAAUUAUAUUAUAAGUAAGUAUAGAAGAGUAAUAUAUUCAUUCUUAAUACAUAAAAUAUUUUUCUUUUAACUCUAUAUGUAAGUUCAACAGCAUAUCAACCUGCCUUUAUCUGUCAAAUGUCUUCAAUAGAUUUUCAACCUUAUCACAAUAGUGGAAGGUUAGUGUUCGUUCGGUAUUUGACAGAUUUGGGUAGGUUGACCAGGGGCCCGAUUCUCCUAAUUUUACUUCAGCGACAUACGAUUCACGUUCGACUGAGAUCCGAUCCCGACUCGAUUACGAUUGAAGCGUAUGUGGCAUUCCGCUAUUUUUUCUUUGAAACGUUUUUAUCCUUUUCUGUCAUUCAAUAAUGAAUCAUUUUGUCUGCAAAUGAUUUACGAUUGCAAUAUGAUUGUAGAGCAAA